GGCUCGAGGGGCAGGUGCAGCGCCGCUCCUGGUGCCCCGCCGGCGCUCGCAUAGCGCGAGGCGGUGGCCGCAGGUGUGCGCGUAGGGACGCGCUUGUGCACGAGAAUGUCGUGAACGCGAUUCGCACCCUCGACUCUGAGUCUCAAAGUCCUGGCUGGACGCAUCGGCGUGGCCAUCGAUGGCCGCGCCAGCGCUGGUGCAGGCGGGGCUGUUUGUGGCGCUGCUGGCCAGUACGGUGGGCCAGCGCCUCGCCUUCAAGGGCGUGGGCUACUGCCUGGGGCCCUAUCCGACGUUCGUGCUGCUGAGCGUGUCCGGAGCGUUCGUCGCGAUCUUCGGCGCCAUCUGCACGGCGAUCGUGGUCACCACGGGCGGGUUCCAGCCGGAGACGCGGACUUGGUCGUGCUUCUCGGCGUUUGCCGCCAUCGGCGUGUGCAACGGCCUGCAAGGGUCGGGGAUGAUCUUCGCGAACCCCAGGGUGCCAGGGCUGAUGCAGGUGCUGCUGCAGCAGGCCAUCAUCCCCUUCACCCUGGCGAUAGCGCGGGUCGUUUGCGCGGCCGCCUUCUCUCCGAAGCCAGGAGCUGUUCACACCCACUGCCUUCGGGUACCGACCUCCCAGGACUUUUCGGUGGUGCCGCCCCUUCGUGGCACUGCCCGCGCGUCCUGGCCGGCAUUGCCCUGCAGCUCCUGCCCGCGGCGCUCGUGGGCGGCCCUCCUGGCCCCGACGGCGGCGCGGCCGCGGCUGGCGGGCCGCCGUGGGGCGGGGGAGGCCCGUGGACUGGGCGCAGAGCCACGGAGGCCCGUGGGCCGCGCUGUUCCUGCUGGCGCAGCUGCCCGUGGCCGCCGCGGCGGUGCUCCAGGAGAGGGUGUUCUCGGGCGUGCCCGUGAACGUGUUCCACACACCCCCCAUGAUGUUCUGGGCCUCCUUCUUCCAGUUCCUGGCCCUGUCGCUUCCUCUGCCCUCGUCCCUCUGGGCGCACCCUCCCUGGCCGGGCUCGCGGCCGAGCUCGCGGAGGCCUGGCGGCUGUGCCGGUCGGAGCCGGGCGCCGGCCUGGUGCUGUCGGCCUGCGUGCUGCUGAUGCUGCUGGCGCAGCUGUCGCAGGUGCUGGACUUCGUGGACAAGUGGAUCAACAACAUGCAGCUGUCCAACGUCUGCAGGACGGGGCACAAGAUAGCACAGCGCAACAAGGGCAAGGCAGAGAACGACGGGCCCCACGCCAACGCCAUUUGGAAUCUCGCAGCAGGGCGCUGGAGUACGGAGCAGCAGGUGGAUCAAGGAGCGCGGCACGUCAAGGACAGCGGUCGGAUCAUAGUCAAAGUGCUUGGGUCUAUGCAGUUCCAAGACCCAGAGCUGCAGAAGGAGUACUGGGCCGAGCUCGAGGAUGCGGGGGGGCGGGGUGCAGAAAAAAAGGACCAGGCCGCCCUGCGCACCCCGUGA